GAAUAUAAGGUGUAUCAGUUCAGAUAGUACACAAUUACUACGGGCACUUGGGCAAUGAGUUGCAAAUCGUUAACAUAAUGUCCGGUUUUGUUUUGGGAUGGAAGAAUUUCGAAAGAUGGGGAUUUUUAGGUUAGCAGUAACUCUAAAAAUUACCAGGCGCUCCACUGUCAAUGUCACAAAAGUUCUAUCCCCGUUGGUUUAUAAUUUACGAUAAAAGAAUAAUUCACUACUCACAUCAGAAAAAAUGAGUGAAAAGGUCUUUGUAUAUGGUACACUAAAAAAGAAAGAACCGAAUCACUAUUGGUUGACUGAUAGCAAAAAUGGUGUAAGCAAAUUUAUAGCCAAUGGACAAACAUGCAAGAAAUAUCCUUUGAUUAUUGGAACUAAAUAUAAUAUCCCAUUUGUACUAUAUAAACCCGGAGUUGGACAUCAUGUACAAGGGGAGGUGUAUGAGGUUGAUGAAAAAAUGAUGAGCAAUUUGGACAAACUUGAGGAUCAUCCAAAUUACUAUAUAAGAGAGAUAGAUGAUAUAGAUAUUAAAAGACCUGGUACAACUGAGAAUGAAAGAAUCAAGUGUUGGGUGUACUUCAUGAAAAAUUUUAAGGAAGAACUUCUGUUCAAUCAAAUGUUUGAAAAUUACUCAUCCACAGGAAGUCAUGGACUGCCGUACUUGGAAAGGUCACAGAGAGAAAAAAACUAUGAUCACUUUUCCGCUAUUAAGAAAUAAUUUAGAGUUUGUAUUUGAGAAUUUCAAUACUUUUUUUCCAUAUUGAUCUGAUGUACACCUGAUGGUAAGGGUGGCAAAAAUGGAAAUUUAACUUGAUAACUUAAAAUUAUGCAAUAUGAAACUAAUUGCUCUUAAUAUUAAAGGCAAGCAAAAAAAUUAUUAUUAAAUAAUAAAUGUUUUAUGGUCGCUCUGUCAUCCAAUCAAGCUUUUCUCAUAAACCUAUUUUUUUUUAAAUUCA